CAAAAAGGUGGCGAGAGAGAGAAAGACGAGCGGUCACCGUUGCACCUUGAGUUGUUUUCGCCCUAGCUACCAUCGUUGUUCUCCAUUCUUGUCCCAAUAUCAGAUCGGAACUCUUUGAAACUAAGUGAAGGAGAAUUUAGGGUUUUUCACUUUCCCUUCCCAGUUUGAUCGUUGUAGACCUACCCAUGUUAUCCAAAAGGACCAAAACUAUGGCAGAGAAGGAGAACUCAUCAUCAGAAACACCGUCUCUGAUUCAGUCACUACCAGAAGAAGUCAUCAUUGACAUCUUAGCGCGUGUGUCCAGAUGGGUGUAUCCAACACUCUCCCUCGUUUCCAAGCAGUUCCGGUCACUGGUUGCGUCACCUGACCUAUACGCAAGACGAUCUUUGUUGGGAUGCACCGAAGACUGUCUCUACAAUAUUUUCUAUGAAAGAGAAACCGGUCUCCGCCAUUGGUGUAUUCUCCUCCCGGAAGCCAACGGUAAUCGCAGGUUGGUCCGUAUCCCUUUACUUCCCGCUCUGACUCACGGUGAGAGCUUUGUCGCGGUAGGCUCCAAGAUAUAUAUGUUUGGUGGGACUACCAUGAGUGCACUUAGCAUAGACUGUAGAUCUCACACGGUGGAACCCCUUCCCAGCAUGCCUGUGCCCAUGCUUAAUACAAUGGCUGGCAUCAUCGACGAGAAAAUUUAUGUAAUGGGCCGCUUCUAUGACUAUAAGAAUGGCAUAAUGGUGUUCAACACAAAAACACAAAUGUGGGAGCCUGAGGUCUUAAACGGUGAGGAGCAACGUCAUGACCCGGGCUUGGAUUAUCUUGUGUUUGACUGGGUGGUGAUGUAUGACAAGAUGUACGUGAGGGAUCAUAUUGAAUGUUCUGUUUACGAUCCAAAGGAAAAUAGAUGGAGACCAGAGGGGAUUCUGAGUUCUAAAGAUUGGAAGAACGCUUGUGUUAUUGAUGACAUAUUGUACCACGGCUUUAGUGUUGAUGGUAAUUAUAAUUUAAGUACUUAUGAUCCAAAGCUGAGGUGUUGGGGUCUGGUUAAAGGUUUGGGAAAGUUGUUAUCUGGGAUGUGCUGGAUACACGCUGCGAAUUACGGUGGGAAGCUGGUUUUGUUUUUUGCUAAAGCAAUUUUUAAUGGAAGAAGAAAUGUAACAUCCAGUAAGGAGAUUUGUUGUGCGGAGAUUUCGCUGGAAAGACGUCAAGGAGGAGAGAUUUGGGGUAAAGUUGAGUGGUCUGGUCAGGUUCUGGUUGCGGUUGCUGAGAAAUCUCGCAUACGGAAAUCUCUAAAUGUUAUAGUUUGAUGCAUGAACUCUUCAUAUAUGCAUGAACACCAAGUUUUGCUGCAUUUUCUUUUCUUUAUAUCUAAAUGUUUCUUGUAAACUUGUGUUUUGAACAUUCUUUGCAAAACCCUUACUUUCCGUUAUGUUAAGUUAUGCAAUAGAAUUUAGGAAUAACUUUUCUUUUUUUG